CCAUGUUUUCAACCAUCUGCCACAUCUCUGCGGAUGAGUGGGUACGAUGAGAGAUCUUUGGUCGUUCUUUGCCGUUUUUUGCCUUUUUAUAGGCGGGCUGAACGGCUCCCAAAGACGUAAAUCAAGAUCGCUUUGUCAUCUUAACAGCGCCGAGUCUUUUUACGACUUCACUACGAAAGAUCUAGAUGGGAAAAAUGUCUCUAUGAGCGAAUUUCACGGCCAUGUUGUAGUGGCUGUGAAUGUCGCUACCUUUUGAGGCUACACUUUACAAUAUUAUCAACUGAAUGCAUUACAAGAACGACUUUGGAGAUCAGAAGAUGGAAACCCACAUGCUUGUGGACUGCGAAUUGUUGGUUUUCCAUGCAACCAGUUUGGUUCCCAAGAGCCGGCGGAAAACUCAUACGAGCUUAUGAACGGAUUGAAAUAUGUUCGGCCUGGACACGGUUUUGUUCCCAAUUUCCCAUUGUACAAGAAACGAGACGUGAAUGGCGAGAAGGAAGACGAAAUUUAUAGUUUUUUUAAGUCCCGUUGUCCCGCCCCUGACAGGUUCAUAGAUGACAUAAGUAACAUCCGCUGGUCACCUGUUCGGAACGACGACAUCAAUUGGAAUUUCGAAAAGAUAUUAAUAGAUCACGAUGGCCAGCCAUUUGCCCGGUACACUGCGCCUUAUGAACCAAACGACAUGUUGGAAGAUAUCAAAACACUGAUAUUAACUUGCCAAGGACAGAGAAGACGCAAAUAUAAUCUGUAAAAGAAAACGGAUCUGGACAAAAGAAACUCGUUGGGGUUACUAGUUGAACUUUUUAAUAUUUUUGUUAUAUUUAUUUCUCACAAAAUUCUCAUUUUCAUAUUUUAUUCAUUCGCACAUGCAAGAGUUAUGUUCCAUGGUGUUCAAAGGAAAUUUUUUUCGGGAAGAAAAUUGCAGGUCCAUACACUGAAUAGCCCUUUCCAAUUUAUAAUUACGUGUUACGAAAGCUGGCAGGAUACAUGGAAAAUCUCACACUUAUCGUACAGUGUGUUGUUUUCUUUCUAGCAGCGAGGAACUAAUGCCAUUCUCUGCUUACGACCUCUACUGGCUUGUUUAAUAUUUUUUUUCUGCGAACAAAAGAAGUCUAUUUCAAAAUAAAUUUAUUGAUGUUUCACAAGGAAGAAAAAGAGAAAAACAGGUUUAAUAAGUAACCUUAAAUUAAUAUCGAAUUGGUGUAGAGUCUAAUUUUAAAAUUUUCUGUUAAGAAUAUAUAUUCAAGAAAUAUUCUUAAUUUAGGGCGUAAAUGAAACUAAGGGGCACAUAACAUGCACUGUUUUAGAAAUAAUCAAGUUAUUGUAGAUAUAGCUCACGUUAAUGACGGACUGUUUGUAAACUGUUUGGUCAGUAAAGCAGUCCCGAGUAAAGUUCUUUUCUCUGUGCAGUCUUUAAUGCAUUCAGCUGUUACAGUGUAAAGAACCCUUUAAGCUUCUACAAAACGUGACCUUGAACAGUGCAAAUAAAAUGACCAGAAAGAACAA